AGGAUCCGUAGCGCGAUACUGUUAACCUCGUGGUUUGCCGUAGAAUUCUCAAGGUAAUAUCAAAGAGCCUCUGGCUUGCUUGGAUAACACGAAUUUAUCCAACGUUACAAAUAAAAUGAGCGGAAAGAAAGCAGAAGGGCGAUCAGCUGGUGUGAUGGGGUGGAUAAGCUCAGCCUGCCGAUUCGCGGCGGACAGAAAUGAUUUCAGAAGGAAUCUCCUUGUAAACCUAGGUUUAUUUGCAGCGGGUGUUUGGGUCGCAAGAAACCUUUCAGAUUUUGACUUGAUGUCUCCUCAGCCAGUCACGUAGUUCCCUAUCAACAAAAAUGGACAUUAACAGGUGGUGCUGAAAUGGAGGAACAGAGACAUUUUCUACUGAGGGUCUUGUUGAACGAGCCCAUUCAACUCUGAAGGGAAUAGGGAAUCUCAGCAAUUGGAUUAAUACAACUGUAAAUUUCUUCUGUACAUUCAUUGUUUUGUUGAAAUAAAGCUCACGUUGAAACAGUUG